AUGACAGGCUACACAGGGAAGAGCCCAUCGGCGUUCAAGUUUGCCAAGGAGUGGCAAGAGAAGGUGGAUGUGGCUAAGUCGUACUUAGACAAAGCCACUAAGAAGAUGAAGAAGUGGGCAGACAAGGACAGGCGGCUAGCAAGGUUUGAAGUUGGGGACAUGGUGCUUGUGAAGCUUCUACCUCAACAACUCAAGUCCCUACGGAAGGUGCACAAGGGGCUGGUUCGUAGGUACGAGGGCCCAUUUGAAAUCACAAGGAAGGUAGGCAAGGUGUCUUAUGAGGUGAGCCUACCUCCUAAGCUCAAGAUCCAUCCAGUCUUUCAUGCAAGCAUGCUAAAGCCUUAUCAUGGAGACAUGGAAGACCCAAGUCGUGGAACGUCAAUGAGGGCACCAAUGAGUGUCACAACUUCCUACGAUAAGGAGGCUGAGUACAUGAUCGCAGACCGAGUUGUGCGGAAGCGAGGACUGCGGCUUUCAAUAACUGUUCUUCAGAAGCAGCGUCAACAAAGACGAGGUGGAUUCCAAUUCAUCGGCCGCAGGAGGAGCUAUGGUGGUCAUCCUGAUCUUGGGAUUUUCUUCAUGUUUCAGUACUGGAUCCAAUGGAAGGACUACUGUUGA